AUGCUACUUAUUCUUGCAGGAGAGGAAUAUUUUACAUCUUCAUCUUGUCAACCAUCGUUGAACCUAUCAAGUCGGGUAACUCCGCAGCUAAGCGAACCUCUGUCGGUGUAUGCCGGGGUCCUGAUUCAUAUGCAAGUGGCCCUUGCACGACCGCCUUCAUGGUACCCAGGCCAUAUGGCCGCAUUCGCCAAGGCUUUGCCCUCAUUGCUCGCGAACACCAAUGUUGUUCUCGAGGUACGCGACUCUAGAUUGCCGCUGACAUCUAUCAAUCCUGCGCUGGAGAAACAUUUGGAAGAGUGGCGCAUCGGCGUAAGCAAGGCCGGAGUGGUACGAGAACAGAUCGUCGUCCAUACAAAGAAAGACCUUGUGCCGAGCUGGGGCGAGGAGAGACUCCGUCGCGCACUGUCGAAACAUUAUAAGCACCUAAUGCACUUCACCUCGCCUUCCUCGCCUCCUUCCAUCCGUGCUUUACAUUCCACUCUCGUAUCAUUGUGGGAGGAAAAUGCUGACAAGCUGACAGCACUAAACGUCCUCGUGGUAGGAAUGCCUAAUAUUGGGAAAUCGACCCUCCUCAAUGCCCUUCGAGGUGUUGGAACGAACGCAUCCAGCAAGAAUCCCCUCCGAACCUCGCCACUCCCCGGUUACACCCGCUCCCUGUCUACACGACUCAGGCUAUCUUCUACACACCCUAUAUACUCAAUAGACUCCCCGGGAAUCAUGAUUCCUUUCCUGGGCCAUGGAGAAGAAGGGAAACAACGGGGUAUUAAACUUGCACUGAUUGCAGGGAUCAAGGAAUCGUUGUACGACGACGAGGCCCUCGCCAAGUACUUGAUUUGGAGAUUAUGGAAAGAUUGUCCCGAAUGGCCAGCUUAUAAUUCGCUCAUGCACCCCACAUCCUCUCCACAUAUCAUUUUACCAGACCAGGGACUUCAGGGGGUGGACACUCAUGCCAUCCUGGAACGAUUGGCAAACAGGCUUAAAGCAGUUCAAAAAGGCGGUUUCCCAGAUAUCGAUCGAGCAGCAUCAUAUCUCGUAAGAUGGUGGCGUGCAGGAAACCAUCACAGGUCGUCCGACACCAGAUCUUCCUUAUACUAUCCUUCAAACCCACCGACACCGACUCCGAAUUUAGUCCGUAGCUGGGGCUUCGAUUUUGACUUCGAGAGACCAAUUGAGCUCAAACCAUUGCCCUCACUGGAGGACGCUGGAACGGAUCCGAUCCAAAUUGCCAUGAAUGAAGUGGUGCAGAAGUAUAUUGAAAAAAUGGGUGAUCAGGGGGGAAUAGGCAUGAGUGUUUCCAUGACGAAGAGGAACGAACUGAAGGAGCGCAAGCGGAGGAAGGUGGAAAAGUGGAAGAAAGGAGAAUCAUAG